CUGAGCUUUUCAAUUUGAAGCAUGAGAAUCUAUUUAUUAAAAUUUUUAAGAUUUCAAGAUUUGGAUAUUAUCUUCUUUGCCACGGAGUGCUGUUUAUAAUGGAGACCUUCAAUUUGGAAAACAUUGUAUCCGGAGAUCACUCAAAAGUGUCUUCUUCAGAGACUAGGUCAUUAUCUACAAUCAUUAAAUCCCUAAUGGAGAAAGCUCAACCUUGGUUUCCAGUCUUCUUCAGCAUCUCUUAUUACAGACUUCCACAUUCGUAUGAAGAAUGCCAGGGAAGAGUCUUAGAAAACCUUCAAAUAUUCAAGAGCAAUUACGUCGCUAUUCUUCUUUUAUUAAUGCUGUAUUACCUAGUAACGAAUAUCCUGGCUCUAAUUAUUAUUGGUUUUGCUUUUAUUAUAUACUAUGUAUCCAGCGCAAAGGAAAUUCCUAAAACAGCAUUCGGCAAAGAAAUACAAAGUCAACAUCGACUGAUAGCAAUAAUAAUGAUCACGAUCCCUAUUUUGUACGCAACCGGUAUGCGAAUGCUCUUGUUUUAUUCGAGUGAAACCGCAUUUAUAAUAGUUUUACUACACUCUUUGUGCUUUGAUCAAACACUUCUGUCAAAGAAUCAACUUGAGAAACAAGGAGAUCAUCCGGUUUAGUCUUCAAUCUGAAAUAUACAGUAUAAGCAGGAUUAUUAUUGUUCUCUGGUAAUUGUAUAAAAUAUUAAUUGUGUAAAAUAUUAAUUGUAUAAAAUAUUGUGUAAAAUAUUAAUUGUAUAAAAUAUUAAUUGUGUAAGUA